AUGUUUGCCAGCUCGACAUUGCGUGUAGCGACGCAUCAGUGCGCUCUGCGAGCCCAUUCGGCGCGCCGAGCUGACCUAGUCAUCCCACGAGUCUGCGCUGCUCCACCCACAGCAGGCUCUCUGCAGAGAUCCUUCUGGCGAGCCAGCGCUGUGGCUGCCGCUGCGACUGCGACUGCGGCUCAGGCUCAGAAUCCUCUGCUGGAGACGCCUACAGCCAAAGCGGCAGCGCAACAGGCGCGAUUCCAGCCCGGUCCUCCUCCUCCUGCUUCCUCAGGCUCCUCCUCCUCCUCCUCCUCUUCUUCUUCUCCUCCCCCACCGCCCCCGCGCGCUGGCUUCUUCAAGCGACUGCGCAGAUGGACCUACUUGACGCUGCUGCUGGGUGCGGGCACGCUGGCUUACUAUGUGCACGAGAGCAAUCACCCACCGGACCAGCAGCUGCCUCUGGACCCCACCAAAAAGACGAUCGUCGUGCUGGGCUCAGGUUGGGGUGCUACUGCCCUACUCAAGGAGAUCGUGAGUGUGUGUGUGUGGGGAGGGGGGUAAUGUGUGGGAGGGAUGCGCCAGCGCUAAGAGAUGGCGUGCGCCGCGCCGCGCAGGACAAUCUCGAAUACAAUGUCAUCGUCAUUAGCAAGGAAAACUACUUGUGAGUUUGGCAGUUUGCGCUCGCGCGCCAUGCGGCCACUGAUGCGCGCGCGCCGCCCGCAGCCUGUACACGCCGCUCCUGCCGCAAGUCACCGUAGGCACCGUCUCGCCUCGUUCCAUCGCCCAGCCUACGAGGUGAGUGUGGAUGCGCUCGCGCCCGCGCUCGCGUCCGCGUCCGCGCCAGCUCAGCCUUCCCGCACUCGUGACAGGCACAAUACACGCUACAAGACUCGCGAAGUGCAGGUGCUGGAAGCAGAGGCUACCAAGAUCAACGUCAAGGACAAGACCGUGACGUUUGAGGACCGCAACAGCGAAAUAUACGGGGCAAACAAUGGCAGCGAGACGACUGUCAAGUACGACUAUCUCGUCGUGGCCGUCGGCUCGCAGAAUCAAACGUUCAACAUCCCUGGCAUCAAGGAGCACGCAUUCUUCCUCAAGGAAUUGCAGGAUGCCAGCAAGAUCAGGCAGCGCAUCAUGGAUCUCAUCGAAAAGGCUAGCUUGGUGGGCCAGUCGGACGAGGAGAUGGACAGGUUGCUGCACAUUUGCGUUGUUGGUGGUGGACCUACGGGCGUGGAAGCGGCAGCAGAGAUGCACGACUUUGUGGAUGAUCUGAGCAAGUGGUACCCGUGAGUGGGGGGAGGAGAUGCGUUGCUGUAAUCUUGCGCUGACGAGACGAGUGCACCUCUUCGCCUUCGCCUCUCGCGUCUGGCGUCGCCACAGCGUGAGUUGAGCGAGCGCUCGUCGCGCGCACACGCGCACACGACCCCGCUGACAACCCCCUCCCCCCAGGCCGUCGCAAAUCGUGUCCGCGUGACGCUUGUCGAAGCGCUGCCCCAAAUUCUGCCCGCAUUCAGCAAGGGUCUGGUGGAGUACACCGAGAGCACAUUCAAAUCCAACAAGAUCGACAUUCUCGCCAAGCACAUGGUCAAGGGACUGGAUGAAAAGAGCGUGACGAUGCAAGGCCCAGAAGGCAUUGUCAAUCUACCCUGCGGCAUGCUCAUCUGGGCCGCCGGAAAUACGAGCAGACCGAUCAGUCGCGACUUGCAGGCUCAACUCAAGGAGACGCAGACGGAGCGAAGAGGUUUAAAGGUGGAUGACCAGCUGAGAUUGAUUGGCGCCGAGGAUAGCAUCUUUGCCGUGGGCGACGCCACAGCGACUCAGUGGGCUCCCACGGCUCAAGCCGCUUCGCAGCAAGGCUCCUACAUUGCCAAGAUCUUUGCACAGCUCGCUCACGCGGAUCAGCUCGCUCAAAAGGCCUCGGAGGCGCUGCGGGCAGGCAGACCGUCGGAGGAGGUGGAGAAGCUGCAAAAGCGGGCAGACAGGGCUGCCAAAUUGCCAGCGUUCAAAUUCACAAACAAUGGCAGUCUGGCGUACAUUGGCGGCGAGCGAGCAAUAGCAGACGUGCCCCUCUCCAACGGCGCUUCCAUUUCGGCUUCCGGAACUGCCACGUACCUGUUUUGGAGAUCGGCAUACCUCAGCAUGCUCUUCAGUCUGCGCAAUCGAACCCAAGUCGCGGCGGACUGGGUCAAGGUGUGGCUCUUUGGCAGAGACAUUACCAGGGAGUAA